AUGGCCGAGUUAGUCUUUGUUGUAGGUAUGCAAAUUUGGUAUUUCUCUUUGUUUGUGCGAAUUCUAGUUGGAGUUCGGUUGUCAGCCAUUUCGGAGGUGGAAGAUCCUCCCUACUUGGUAUCUGCAGUUUCGCCUAAGUCAACUGAACUAAAGGAAACAGCAAUUGAAGGUAUCAAGGCUUGCUUGGAGGAUGCCGCAAAAUGUUUGGAGGUGAAUAAGCCUGUUCAUACUGUGGUCGAUGACUGGGAAUUCAUUCCUCGAGUAGUUAAAGAACUUGCAGCACUUGAGGAUCCCAGAAAGGCUUCACAAACAAUAUCAAGAGAAGAGCUGUGCAAGAUGGCCAAUAAUUAUAAAGCCAUCUAUGAUACUGAAUUGGAAAACAUGAGAAGAGUGAUCCAACAAAAUAAAGGACCUUCAGGAGAACGGGAUAAACAAAAGGCCGUAGAGAAAAACAGUAGGCUGACUGAUACUUCAAAGAGUGAUACAGAUUCUGAUGACACUAUAGUUAUGGGUGAGGAUGAACUUGAUGAAGCUGAAGCAGUUAUUUCGAAAAAGUAUCAAUGACUAAGGUUUUUACUGUAAGCAUUUUGUCAAUAUUUAUUCUAUGAGUACACCCUGUUUUGAGGGAGUUUUAUGUCCUUAUAUUUCAAGAGUAGAUCAUUAUCAUUUUGCUGCAAGAAGAUGAAAUAGGAAAAAGAUCAAUGUAUGUCAGCCUGAAAUUAAUUGGUGUGAGGAAUAUCUACAGGUUCAAUCAUUUGUAUAGGAAAUGUAUCUGCAGAAGCCCUCGUAUCCUUGGAAUUCUCUGCAGAAAAUAUUUAUUGUGCUUUAUUUAUUUAGGUUGACAACGACACAUGUACAAAGAACUUAUCUUGUAGAAUUUGUUACAGGAAAUCAUCUUGCAAGAUUUAUGUACUAAUUAGUAGUUGCAAGAUUUGUGGUGUACUUAUUGAAAACAUGUAAAGAUAAAGUUAAAAAUAGUAGGCUAUUUAGAUACUGCCUGCCUUUCCAAAUACGAUUUCAAUGCAUAUAAUUUUGUUUAGAGGAGAGCAUGGUUCGGGUUUUAUGCCUGCAUUAGAAACAAUGGUGAUCUAUCAGCAAGAGCAAGAAAAAGAAAUAAAUACUUCUCCAAUUGGUAAUCAAUCACUUUUCUCAAGAUAUAAAUAUUUCUCCAAGUGGUAAUCAAUCAAUUUUCAUAAGAUUAUAUUGGGCUUCUGUGCUUCUAAUCUUAUGAUGCUGUUGUUUGGAGUUGAUCUGUUUGGGAAGUUGUAUUGAAACUUGAAUUCUGUUCAAUAUGAAGACAUAUUUAAUCAA